GUUCACUGGGAUAAAUAUAAAUCGGAGAGAAAUAAAGUUAACUCGGAAAUGAAAAGGGCCAAAACUGUCUAUUAUCAAACAAGAAUUAAGGAAUUUUCCCUAGCUAAAGGUCCUAAAGACAUGAAAAAAACAUGGUCACUGAUAAACACCCUAUUGGACAAAG